AUGGAGAGUAGAGAGAGGGGGGGAGGGGGGGGGGAGCGAUGGAGGUGCAGACAAAGGAGCGGAUUUGGCAGGCAUGGUGGAUCCCCUGCCCUCCCUCGCCGUGUCAUGUCGCCCUGA